CCUCCCAUUAAUAAUAAUCGCAGUCCUGCUUUCUCUCCCGCAGCUCUUGACAUCACACAUUGUUUUCUCCUAAAACACCUUCUUGACACUUCACUCAGAUUGUUUUAUUAUUUAUUAAUUUGUGCGACAUGCAGAAGAGAAGGAAGCCGGAGCCGAUCCAACUCAACCCCAUCCCCGAUGGGAACAUCAUCAACGGCACUGAAGCCACAGAAACAAACUUGGAGGCCCUGCAGAAGAAGCUGGAGGAGCUGGAGUUGGAUGAGCAGCAACGCAAGCGCCUUGAAGCUUUUCUGACGCAGAAGCAGAAAGUGGGAGAGUUAAAGGAUGACGACUUUGAGAAAAUAUGCGAACUUGGUGCAGGCAAUGGAGGAGUGGUCUUCAAGGUGUCUCACAGACCUUCAGGUCUGAUCAUGGCCAGGAAGCUCAUCCACUUGGAGAUCAAACCUGCCAUCAGGAACCAGAUAAUUAGGGAGCUUCAGGUGCUGCAUGAAUGCAACUCUCCGUACAUUGUGGGCUUCUAUGGAGCUUUCUACAGCGAUGGAGAAAUUAGCAUCUGCAUGGAGCACAUGGAUGGUGGUUCUUUAGAUCAAUCACUUAAAAAGGCUGGAAAGAUCCCAGAGCCGAUCCUGUGCAAAAUCAGCAUUGCGGUCAUUAAGGGUCUUUCCUACCUGAGGGAGAAACACAAGAUCAUGCACAGAGAUGUCAAGCCUUCCAACGUCCUAGUGAAUUCCCGUGGUGAGAUCAAGCUGUGUGACUUUGGAGUUAGUGGACAGCUCAUUGACUCCAUGGCCAACUCCUUCGUGGGCACACGCUCUUACAUGUCUCCAGAGCGUUUGCAGGGCACCAAUUACUCGGUUCAGUCAGACAUUUGGAGCAUGGGUCUGUCCCUGGUUGAAAUGGCUAUUGGACGUUUCCCUAUCCCUCCACCUGACACUAAGGAAUUAGAACAGAUUUUUGGGACUGCAGUGGAAGGAGGAAACUCUAAAGUGUCCUCACCCAAGGCUCACCUGCCCGGACGGCCAAGCAGCUGUCAUGGAGCAGACAACAGGCCUCCGAUGGCCAUCUUUGAAUUACUCGACUACAUCGUCAACGAAUCUCCACCUCAGCUGCCUGGGCUAUUUAGUUCUGAAUUCCAGGACUUUGUCAAUAAAUGCUUGAUAAAGAACCCAGCUGAGAGGGCAGACCUUAAACAGUUAAUGGCUCAUCCUUUUAUUAGACAGUCUGAGGCACAGGACGUAGAUUUUGCCGGGUGGUUGUGCAGCACCAUUGGACUCAAAAAGCCCGGGACACCCACUCACGGCUCAGCAAUUCCAGUCUGCUGUUCAAGUGGACUCCCAGGUACUUGUACUGCCCCACUACUGCCACCUCCCAGCCCUGGAUGUUGAUGGACUCCACAUGGGUCAUUUUCUUCUUGAAGUCGAUGACCAGUUCCUUGGUCUUGUUCACAUUAAGGAGCAGAUGGUUUGCCUGACACCACUCCACAAAGUCAGCGAUGAGUGUCCUGUACUCCAAUUCCUGUCCCUCUCCGAAACACCUGAACACAGCAGAGUCAUCAGAGUAUUUCUGCAGGUGGCAGGACCUGGAACUAUACUAGAAUAUAUAUUGUUUGUCUUGGUCUUUUGACAAAAAUGUAUUUUAGUUUUAGUCAUAUUUUAAUCAUCAAAAUUGAUUUAGUUUUACUCGACUAAAAUGACAGCACAUUUCGUUGACCAAAACAUAAAACAUAAAGAAUAAUCUCUGAAGUUUUUUUGAAACCACUUUUAUUAAGGUUAUUGCAGAGCAUCUCAAAAACUAAAUUCACAACAAGACUCGUUUUAGUCAGGGGAAAAUAUGUAACGUAUUUUUCAGACUAUAAAGCGCACUUAAAAUUCUUUCAUUUUCUCAAAACUCAACAGCGCGCCUUAUGUACGGAAUAAUUCUGGUUGGACUUACCGACCUCUAAGAAAUUUCAUUUGGUACAUGGUAUAAUGAUAAGUGUGACCAGUAGAUGGUUUUCACACAUAAGAAAUGAUUGAUUGAUUGAUUUAGAAUUGUAUUAGUAGAUUGCACAGUACAGUACAUAUUCCGUACAGUUGACCAUUAAAUGGUAACACCCAAAUAAGUUUUUCAACUUGUUUUAAGUCCGGGUCCACGUAAAUCAAUUCAUGGUAAAUAAAGUGUAAGACACCUGUAGACUGUAAUAUUACGCCAGUAAACAACGGCAACAUUUUAAAUGUUCCAUUGAAAAUAAAAAAUAUUACACACAGCACUCAAAAAUCUGUCAAAAUAUUUCAGUAUUUCUUCACCCACGGAACUUUAGUUAUUAGAGAGUGCCGGAUGAACGGUAUUUCGCGGGACACAUUUCUGGUGUUGUUGAACUAGUGAGCCAUGGAUGAGGCGAUGCUGCUCCGUUGUUGAUUUAAGUAAAAGCUGAAUUUCAUUAAAACAGUUGACUCCAUCUUUUGACACUUCUUCCACUCUUGUCCUUGCAUGUGAGGCGUUGUGAAUACUUUCCAGAUGCACUGUUUGUAAUGUACACUUUUGAUCAAGUGUUGGGGCAUAAAAGAGCCAUCUAUGGUUAAAAUAUGUUUUUUGGUACAAAACUACAUGGCAAGUCAAUGUUAAGGCUCAAUUGCAAAAUUACGUGUGCUUUGACCCCAGAAUAGAAAUAAGUGAAAGUAGAAAAAUAAUGAGUCGUUUUUAAGGCUGUCUUCAACUAAGGAUUUUCAUGGUAAAAUCUGAUAAGAUUUACAUUUUACUGUCUGCUGUAUGUCAAAUCUAUGACAUUGUUUGUAAAAGAGAAAUAAAUAAAUUGGGAUGAUACUGUGACCGGCUCUCACUGUUGUCCGGGUUCCAUGGACCACCAAGGACGGACAUGACUGCGGCAGUUUUAUCACUUUGUUUAUUUUUCAAUAAACCUUCUGUGCAUCGGCUCGCUUUUCAGCUCCUUUUCCCUCAAACCGCUCCCUCUUCAGGUUGCUUUUCAGCCGCCCUCAUCUUUGUCUCGCUCUUGGUCGCUUCCGCUCUUCAUGCAGUGCUCGUGUCUCUGCAGCUCAUACUU